AUGUGGUCAGGAAAGCGGGACACUUCGAAUGCCUUACUGCCAGCCUUGGGAGAUGCCCUCUGGACGGUGGCCGCUGUCGCUGCUCCCAAAGACCUUCGAAGGCUUGCACACGUGUCUCCCGCUGUGAACGCAUUGCUCUCUCCCGUGGCGGAAAGAACUGCGCGGAUCUCGGAGCUGACUCGCUCCUUAAACUGCCUGCCUGUCCAGUUUGCCUUCCCCUUGGCCAACUUGGGCCAAAAAUGGCUCGAGGAGGCUUUGGCGCAGUUCAGCGUGCUGAAACUGUUACGCUGGCGCGAAAAGGCCGGUCAACUGGCAGGCUGGGUCCCCACAGAGGAAGAUCGAUGGCCCGCGUUGCGUUCGCGGGCAGCAUUGCUUGGUGCCAUGGCGGCGGUACAGGCGGCUAAGCCAGAAAACCGACUGCUCUUUGCGGCGGUCCUGAGGCUUCAGCCUUGGGAGGGACAAAUGCAAGAAACCCAGGAAACACAGGACGCGCUUGUGGAGGAGAGGGAGAGGUCGGAAAGGUCGGAGAUCAAGACAGCCCCCUUGGCUUUCGAGUGGGCCGAUGGCCCAGCAGCAGACCCUUUGCAGAUGGCGCUGCAGCUGCACUUCCUCGGCGACAACGAAGCACGGCUGAAUCUGGAGAUGAUCUCAGGUGGUUGGUCCGACUGGUCCCAAAGCUGGUCGACGCAAGCUGGCACGCUUGAAGCUGCCGUCACGGUGGUGGUCAUGCUGCCAAAUGAGAGCCGCCUCCUGCUGGAUGCUUGUGGCAGCCUCUUCGCCUUGUCAAAGGGGAUCUACCGGGGCUCCUUGGUGGCCAUGCCUCCACUGGAAUCGCUGGAUGGGAUUGGGCAGUCCAUGCAGUCCCUCCGCCAACUCCUAGAAAGCGGUCUGCCUGCCGUUGUUUCUUUGGGCGCCCUCCGGUGGGGCUGCUGGGCUGGAACAAUUUCCCUGCCCUGA